AUGCCAGCACCCAACAAGCCAGCCUCCGUCGAGUCCAGGAAUUCAGAAAGAGAAGGCUUCCAAACCGUGGUAGAUCAAGAUCCUCCCGCUUCAAGAGCAGGAAAGCGAAAGACAAAGAAUGCUGCUGUCAAACAGCUGUCCAGCCUCGAUCAUGCCGAAAGAACUGUCGAGUCAAUGGGCCAAUCUCAGCAACCUCCUCUCUCCUCAAACCCUCCUCCUUCCAUCCUGGGUCAACUGCCCCAGGCAUUCCCUUCGAACAGACGAAUCAGUCCGUUCGACAUCUUGAACGAUGUGAACGCUUCCCAGAAGGUGUCCGAUGAGCACACUCCCCCAGCUGACAACUGGGCUCGGAGUGCUGUCCAUGGCAGAACUCCCCCCAUCGAACCCAUUCCUGGCGUGAACACCAGCGGCUCCCCCCCUUAUGAACCAGGCUUCAGUAGCCGAGGCGUCUUCAAUAGCAGAAGCCCUCCCAUUUCUCCUCCCUUGCGGAAGGCCCGUCCAGUUAGCUACAGCAGUGCUAUCCCGCCGCUCCCGAGUCAUUCGAGAAUCUCGACCUCGCCUUAUGGCUACGGCAUGACGGCCUAUGGAUCUCCGCCUGCUCCGCCUCAUCUCCCUCAACAACAUUUCUACGGCGCUCAUGAUGUCGACUUGGGCUUAAAUCCCCCACAUACGCCUCUACCAGAACCCGUCCCACUGAAGUUCGCCCGCCUUCCAGGUUCAGGGACCGAGUCUCGCGAGGCUGCCUUGCUUGCUGUAGACGGCGAACUGCAUGUUGUUAGCUACAAUGGCGAGAAAGCAGAACAUGUGGGAGCCCUCAGCGGCGUGCAGGGUACCAUCCUUGAUGCCGCAUUGCUCACAUGGAAUUCUGGUGAAGCACCCUUCGCGGACUACAGACCCCUAGUUGCACUCACCAUCUUUGGACCAGGUGAAUCCCGAUCUGUUUCUCCGGCCCAAGAAGACCGUCUCUUCCCAGGCACUCACCGUAAACCUUUCGAGACGAAGGUGGUGGUAUUUUCGUUGAGCAAGGGCUACCAGGUCGCCGAGCUACUGAGAGUGCAAACAGCCACGGAGACCUUUCCCGGGGUGCCUUCAAGCAUUAAUCAAGCAGCGAACCUGAAACUCUAUUCGGGCGGCAAUUUUCUGGUUGUGGCGUCUGGUGACAGCGGAGAGACUUUAGUUUUCUCCAUUCGGCAAGGCAAGGACUCUGCAGUCUUUGAAUGCUUGGGCAAGUACUGGACAACGAUACAACCCCAGUUUCAAAGAAGAGACUCCUCCUCUCAUGGACCGGGGUCGGAUGCAGAUGUUUCACCUGCUGACCUCGGUCGUGGCCCGGACUGCCAGAAUCUGCCGAUUCUCAGUCUUAAUGGACGAUGGCUUGCUUUCUGUCCUGCAAGCACGCCGUCGCGGAGGUCCAUCGGGGCCAUCUUGGGUGAUUACGUGGUUCACAACAAGAAUUCCAAUAUUACAGCAGGAACGGCUCCAUCGCGGCCUCUACCUAACUGCGACGUGGAGUCUCCCGACGUGGACACAUUCCUCAGCAAGGUGGCCAAAGGGUUCGCUCAAGAGGCGGUACGGGGCGCGAAAUGGAUUAGUGAGAAAGGCAUGCAGACCUGGCAGAGUUACUGGAAAAGAGACACGGCCAGCCCCAACAUGCCAGCUGCUCCCUCCUCCAGCCCUCCAGUCUACUCUCCUCAGCUCGGUCUGGCACAGUUUCCGCCUACUCACGCUAUCGACCAACAAGGCUCGUCUAAGGACCCCGAUCUCGUCACGAUAAUCGACUUGAAGCUGCUCCAAGACAACCAAGGUCGGAAAGCCAUCUCCGAGUCCAGUCCAAUGAUCACCUUCCAGCCACCUGGAGGCUGUAGCUUUCUGUCAUUCACGCCAACCGGGCUCGGUAUUUUGACAGCGAACCGCAAGGGUGACGUGCAGUAUAUCUGGGAUCUGAUGCAGAUGAAAUAUGUCAGAACUUCGACAACCCCAAAUGCUGCCGAAAGCGGACGCGUGCGGCAAAUUGCCCGCUACGAACGUCUGAGUCCUUCUUCAAUUGUCGACGUUGCCUGGGACGGCCCAACAGGCUGCCGGUUUGCUAUUUUGACGAAGAAUCGGACAAUUCACCUGUUCGAUCUGCCUAAAGCUGCUUUCCAGUGGCCGCCACCUCCUACCAAGAAAGAUCGGCCGACUUCUGCGCCAAUUGAUCCUUCACAGAUCAAGGCAGACCAUGAUCCUGCGCCGGCGGGAGGUUUCUUUGCCUCGGCUAUGAGCAUUGCAGGUCGAACACAACCGAUGCUUGCAAGCCUACGUGGUAGGGCACCAAGUGUCAGCAGUGGGAUGGCAGGGAUGGCUCCGUCUGGAAUCGGGUAUGCCUCCACCACCACUAUUAAAAGUGGUAGCAGGGCAGUGGCGGCAGGACUUAGCAAGUCUCUUGGUGCCGCUACUGAGACUGUUACCAGUAUACGACACGCGAAUCAGAGUAGGCUCCACCUGAAGAUCCCAGCCCGAGUGGGAAUAUUCUGUUGGCUGCGGCGGGACGCGAAGUCAGUAUUAUCCAUUCUCGACGAAAGCAAUAUCAAGAACUACUACGUACGUAUGACAAAGCCUAGGGGGAACCGGCAGAUGGAGACGGUAUCUGUAUUCGAUGCACGAAGGGCUGUCGCGAUCAAGCUCCCCAAAGCUGCGGAACUCGCUGCGGGCCUCCCCUCGAGGCACCGCUCAGACGAAGCACGAGAGGAAGGCAGCGAGAGCUCUGCACUGCUCAGCUUCUGGAAAGUACGGCCUGCCAGAGAUGGAGGUUUGAGAACGCCGCAUCCGCUCGCUUCGGCCGAAAUUGAGACCAAUGCGCCGUAUCAGCCUUUCCACUCAGACCGCAGAGUCACCAUCUCCCUCUUCCCAGAUGGGGUGAAGACCAGGCUUGGAGUCAAUUCGGCUGCGAUGUCUAGUCAGGCUCCUCUCGCCGAAACUCCGGGUUCAACAUCCCAGCAGAAGUGGGUGUUUGGUGAUGAGGUUCUCUCAUAUGCACAGAACAUCACCAGCCAGCAAGCUAUAGACGACGGUUCUAUCAUCUAUCGAGAAACGACGGUUUUCUCGGGAAGCACGUCUUUGGCCACAGGUCCUGCUGGAAUGUUGGACGACGAGAUACCCCAAGCCGUUAGUAACACCAAGAAGAAGAAAGGCAAGAAAAGCCGAACACAGGCCCGGUUGUAUGAAAAUGACAAUGCGAGCGCAAGUAUGAUGGAUUUUGCGGCGCAGGACGUCCCUUUUGAGCCAGAUGAACACUUGUUAAGAGGUGAUAGUCCCCCUUGA